AUGCACAGGCAUGCCCUUCUCGGGGCACUGCCACCCCUCUUACUUCUGCUCUCCACGGAAUGCAUGAAGUUCGAUCCCGAGCGGAUAGCAGCCCGACUCCGAAUCGAUGAGAAAUGGGAUCAACUGGAAGCCUUCCAGUCAAUCAAAUCACGAAGAGGAAGGCAAAUUCAGCCAAAAGAGAUUAGUAUCCAAGUGAGUGCUUUUUCGAUGGUCUACCGAGCCUGUUGACCAACGGAAACGGACCUUCCGUGUGGACAGUCUGUUUGCACAGAUGCAUUCGCUUUCAUCAAUUACCGGCCUGUUCGAAUGACGACGACACCUGCCGAAACGGCACCACGGAUUACACCCGGCACGCCCACGAGAUUUAUGGCAUUGGGGGCUUUUGAAGCGGUGGGAUUAUGAGGUUGCAACCUAUAGAAAAUCAUAGGGAAAGGGUCGAGCGAUACUGUAAACAGUUUCACAUAAAUCACAAAAGAAUACAAUUUCAGGUGACAGCUCCACUCUUCUCCAGUAGGCUUUUCGACUACGGCACAAACUCCGGAGAUCAGGAACUGCCGCAGGCUCUCGACGUCGGAAAGAAGCUCGACCUCGUAAACCCGAUCUCAUUCUUCGGAUCUGACUACAGAACGAUCUAUGUGAGUUCUCUUCUUUUUUUUGCCUUUUUCGCCCUUUUGGUAACUAUUCAUUUGAGACAUGAAAAUUAGACAGAACGAUUAAAAAAUGCCAUGAGGAGUCCAAUGUUCUGAGUCUUCUGCAUUUUGCGUACUUAUUUCUACGGGAUUUGACUCUACGGGUUUUAUAAUCUACGGGCUUCGAAUUUUCUACGGGAUUGUCACACUCUCGCAGACUCUUCAAAGGAAUACAUUAUUCAGAUUCUUUCGAAUGGAGCAGUCGGUUUUGAAGCGUCCUCCAGGUCAUACAAGUCGGGAGUUCUGCCGGGAACUACACGACUUUUGGCUCCGUUCUGGAACCGGAAUGAUCUUCGAAGCGGUGGAAAAGUGUUCUAUCGGGAAGUCACAAGUGAGUUUUUUCUUCUCCUCACCCACUGUUUCAUUUGUUUGCAGAAGGAAGAGUUUUGGAACGAGGUCAAUCUGAAAUCCGUUAUCAGUACGACAAGAAUGUCAAAGUGAAGUCUGCUCUGAUAAUCACUUGGGACAAGAUGCAACCACUGAACACUGCCGCUCUUCCAGAAGAGGUUCGUACUCUGAUUGCAUCAAAAUCUUUCAAAUCGUGCCCGUUCAGAACACAAACACGUUCCAAGCGGCCAUUUUCAUCACUGCCAACGGAACUUUCGCCAACUUCAUCUACAGUAACAUCGGCUGGACGCAAGGCGCCGAGGUUUGUAUAUAAAAUGAACAUGUACAAAUUUAUAAUUAAGAUUUUCAAGUAGAUAUAACUGUAGAAUAGAGGGGCAAUAGGGGGGAUAAAUCGAGAUUAGGCCGAUGUAAUCGGGCGACACUUCGAUUGUCUUCCGUCCGAUUUUCAUCUUCCAUAACCUGAAUUGAGACCCAUUCCGAGAGAAGCGUCGCCUCAAAAUAAUGAUGAUUUAUGGAUGGGAACAUUGCAGGCAGGGUUCAACGCCGGCGACGCAACCAAUCACUUCAAGUUGCCUACUUCUGGCACCCCGAACAUAAUGUACUUGGAGGAGUACGGAAACACGGGAAUCCCCGGAGAGUGGAUGUUUGAACUUUCCGAGUUGAGAGUCAUCAGUUGCAAAUCGGGCAUCAAGGGGGACACGUGUGACCAAGAGUGCUCGAACGGCGAGUGGGGACCCGACUGUGCCUACUGCUGCCAUUGCUCCGAAGGCACUUGCCAUCCAAUCACUGGGGACUGUCCACGUGGAUGUGCCACCUGUUGGGAUGGCAUCGCUUGUCAAACAAGGCAGGAAAAGUGCGCAACGAAGACGCAGUGCGCUUCGAAUGCUCUUUCGUUCAGCGACUACGACAGAUGCGGAGAGCCCAUUCAGAGAUGUCAAUGUCUGAAUGGGUACAAGGGAGAUGGAUACUCGCAUUGCGAAGGUAUCUGGGAACAUGUCAGCUCUCCGUUUCUAAUUUUUUAAAACUGUUUCAGAUGUCGAUGAAUGCUCGGCCAACUCGACACUUUGCCACAAGAAUGCCGUGUGCACCAACACGCCGGGUCGUUAUUUCUGUCUGUGCAAAGAGGGAUUCAGCGGAGACGGACAGACCGAUUGCUCUCAAUCAUUCCUCUUCCAAUACGACACUCAUCGCCAACUUCCACGCAAGAAGAACUCGAAAAUGGAAUGGAGUCUUAAGAAACCUAUGCGAAUCUUUGGAGCAAACACCGAGAAACUGACGGUCACAUCAACUGGACUCAUUGCUGUGAACGAGUUGAGUAAGGACGGAGGACGGUUGGAAGAUAUGCAACUCAUCGGAAUCGCUCCCUUCUUCGGACCCAUCGAUCUCUCCAGAAACGGAGCAGUCAGUGUAGAAGAGGUGGAAGACGUCGAAGUGCUCAGAAGAGUCACUCGAACCAUUUCGGAGAACUACAACGACCCGAGCUUCGAGGCGAAGAGUGCGCUCGUCGUCACUUUCUCCAAUGUUACCGACGGAAGACAGGCGAAAGGAAAUACGUUCCAAGCAUUGCUCAUCGACGGAAACAAUGCGAGAAACGAGAAAAUGACGUUCGUGGAGUUGAUGUACAGAGAUCUUCCCUGGGCGAGCGGAGCAGAAGCGGGAAUCUUCUCCACCGACGGCUCCUCGUCCAUUCUACUCCCCGCGUCUGGAACUGAGGCCAUCUCCCAAUUAGUCAAGAACAGUAACAUCAAACAGCCGGGCACGUGGCUCUACCGUAUCGACAAGCCGCAGCUGAUGCAAUGUGCUCAGCCCAUCCAGGUCCCUCCGUACUGCGAUCGUCUCCUGAGCACCGCUCCUCGUUUGCCUUCCUCCAAACUUCUUGAGGAGAAGAAGGAAGAUCUGACUCUCCCAUCGCCAGGAGCUUUCCUCAUUCAGCAGCCUUCCGAUAUUAUUAUUCCGACGCUCGUGGACAAAGACGAAAAAGGAUCGAGAGGACGGAAUGUGCUCGUUGUCACCAGUUCUCCGCUGGCCAAUCAGCCUCCGCAGAGACCGACGACCAAAGCGACGACGAGGCCGCGGCCCAACUUCUCGAGCACUCCCCAUCGCCCGAUCGUUUCGUUGUCCGACGAAGACUUUGCGAUCGGACCCGAUGUUUUCGAAGUCACUUUCCCUCCGUUUGUUACCGUUCAGCCUAAACUUUUCCGACCCGAUCCGAGAACCAGAAAUACCGGCGAUCAAUCUCAGAAGUCGACGUCCAGACCGCUCCCAGACUUCUCCAUCAGAACUGUAAGAGAAUUCUGAAUUUAGAAAUGAAAUGAAAUGAUUUUUUGCAGCCAUUAAAGGAAGAAGUGUCCACGUCCACAGAACCGACGACUCAUGCCAGUUCUUCCCGUGUCACCGCCUCCGCCGCCGCUCCUCCCAGACCUUCCCUUCCGAUCGAUGAAGACACGUCGUCGCCGUUCGAAGCGGGCUCGUCAUUCGACUUCACUAAUGAACAGGAGGCUAUUGCCAGGGCGGUGAGUAAGAACACAGAAAAUCAGAACGAAGAGAGCGUUUUCAGUUCGAGACAACGAAGAAGAGACCUCAAUUGUCGGUCACUCCGCCAACUGAUGUUUCUGACGAACUCGUCGGAGAUGCUCACGUCGUGGAGACUUCCGAGGAAACCGAAAGUUCAGAAAUGACAACAGAAAUGACAACGACUCCUCCCACGACUACAACUCUUUCCACGACCACAACAGAAAAUGUAUCCAUUUCGACGGAAGCUCCGCCGUCCAUCCACGUCUUCACAACCACUCAGAAGCCACGUCCGAGCACGACAACCACCGCUCGCAAGAUCCUUGUUCAGCAGCCAUCAGUUAUUCUGACAGCACCGCCCAAACAGAGAAACGAGCAGACUGUGAAUGUGGGUCACGCGGAGGAGCAGUCGCCGAGUAAGUUUCCCCCGAGUUCCCCCCGAUUCCACGACCCUUUUCCAGAACUGGCCAUCCUGCUUCCAGUCAUGAUCAUCCUCGCCUGGCUGGUCAUUCUCGUAUGCAUCGGAGCGGUCGUCUGCUGCAAACGACGGAGUUCUCGCGAGGCGUCGCAACUCAGGGCAAUGUACGGAGCGGCCUACGGAGUGCGUCCGACUGCGUACGAGUCGAAGCGGAAAGAGUCGACGUACGAGGACCAUCUGGAGAGAGCGGCGCGGCUCGGCGGUCAACCGGCUCUUGCCGGGCAGCAGGUCAGUUCCCCUCCGUCUUUUCUUCUUCUUCUUCUCUUGUCCGGAGUGACGUGUGGUUUGUGUCUAACCGCUCAUUAAAUAAUCUGUAAACUGACCCGUGUGUGGUGUGUUUUUAGGCGGGAAAAGUGUCGCUGUACGGUAGCUACUGGAACCUCCAGCCGCUCUCCAAUCACUCGCCGGCGCGGCUGUCGACUCAGGAACGCCAGUCUCCGCCGAGUUUCGUUAACAACGGGUAUACUAAUCAGACGGUGUGUCGCCUCGUUUGACUCCCAAUUCUUACUCGAUCGCCCCUCAUUUUCAGCGGUACACGUACGCGGGGCACUAUUAA